UCCAGAACAUGACCACCGAUUUUUAAAUCUCAACAGCAAUGGCCAAGAUCAAGACCGUAGAACGCUUUCGAGUGAAGCCAAGAUGGCUCUUCGUCAAGAUCACCGAUGAAGAUGGAGGCGUAGGCUGGGGCGAAGGCACACUCGAGGGCCACGACCUCGCAGUUGAGGGAGCAAUUGACGAGAUAAUCGUUCGAAUCGUUGGACUGGAAGCGAACAACAUCGAACACAUCUGGCAACUCAUCUGGCGCCUAGGCUUCUACCGCGGUGGUCCGGUCUUCAUGUCCGCAUUAUCUGGCAUCGACAUAGCACUGUGGGACCUCAAAGCACGUCGUCUCAACGUACCUUUGUACGACCUCCUCGGCGGCCUCGUCCGGAACAAAUGCCAAGUCUACUGCUGGAUUGGCGGUGAUCGGCCUUCCGACAUAGCUACCGCAGCUCAAGCCCGAAAAGACCAAGGCUUGACUUGUGUAAAAAUGAACGCCACUGAAGACGUCAACUGGCUGGAUUUCCCUUCAGUCCUAGACUCCACCGUGGAGAGGCUCAAGGUCGUGAAAUCUCUGGGUCUCAACGCCGGCUUGGACUUCCAUGGCCGUCUCCAUAAACCUAUGGCAAAGCAAUUGGCAAAAGCAUUAGAACCGCACCGACCACUUUUCAUCGAAGAACCUCUCCUGGUCGAACACCCGGAAGCUCUCAAACAGCUUAGCAAUCAAACGACAAUUCCCAUCGCGCUGGGUGAACGUCUCUACACUCGUUGGGACGCCAAACCUUUCCUCGAAAACUCCUUGAUCGACAUCCUCCAACCCGACAUCGCUCACGCAGGAGGAAUCAGCGAGACGAAACGUCUGGCUCAACUGGCAGAAACCUACGAUGUAGCUAUCGCUCCGCACUGUCCCCUGGGCCCCAUCGCAUUCGCAGCUUCUCUGCACGUAGGAUUGACGACGCCGAAUUUCGUGAUUUUGGAGAUGAGUUUGGGGAUGCAUUACAAUACUGAGAGUGAUGGUGGGGAGUAUGAUUUGAACACUUAUCUCAAGGAUCGGAGUGUUUUUGGUAUUCAAGAGGGUGGGUAUGUGGAUGCGCCGAAAGGUCCGGGGUUGGGGAUCGAGGUUGAUGAGGAGUUGAUUCGGAAGAUUAGUGCGGAGACGCUGCCGUGGCAGUGCAAGGAGUUUUAUGGGCCUGAUGGGUCGAUUCGAGAGUGGUAGUUUGGAGUCACAAUUGAGGAGGGUGUGGCGGCUUGUAGUUUUUGGUCUUGUUUCAAAUGGACAUGAAUGCUUCUUUGAUAGCG